UUGACGCAUAGAUCACUAUUAAGGAGGUUUGACGUUCAUUUCAUUGAACGAAAUGUCAGAUACAAUAAAAAAAGAGUAAAAAACAACUGAGUCAAUCGGAUCUACAAUGUUCUUGUAUUGAUUUAUUGAAAUUUAUUCUACAAUUAUCCGGAAUUACUGAUAAGUAAAGGAACAGCUUCUAAAAAACACCGAAUUUAUGAACCUUUCGCUAAGAUCUUCGUUUCGGAACUAGGAUUCAUUGAACAUCCCGUUACUCAUCAUCUGUUUGCCACGUUCUGUCGGCAUUUUUAUUCUGUAUAAUUAUUAAUAUGACUCUGAUGUAGAUAUUUUGGCUGUGUUUAUUAAAAGUAACCAAGACGUUGAGCAUGUCGGAUCGGAAGGCGGAGUUGGAGCGAAAGAAGGCGAAGCUCCGCGCCAUAAGAGAGGAUAAAGAUCGGCGCCGCAGAGAAAAAGAACAGAAAGAUGCUGAAGAAGCACUGCAACGGGCAUCGGCCACAUCUAGCCUGGACAGUCGUCGUGACAUUGACGAGAUGCUGUCCUCCCUUGGAGUGGCUCCAGUUAAGGAUGUCCUCUCUUCUUUAUCAUCAAUGACUUCACUGUCUCCACCUCAGACAGCCUCACCAGAUGCCAGUUUACCGCAUACAGAUAAAGCCAGCCUACAAUUGCAAGGCGGUCCAAAGAAGCAACCUCAAGAAUUACAAGUCGUCUUCGUGCAGUCCACGGACAUACCGCCCAAGGAGACGGUGAUCUAUACGAAGCAAACGCAGACCACCACGUCGGGCGUCACCGAACUACGUGACGGCUGCUCUUCCAAUGCAUCACCGCUUGCAGGAUACAUGGAGGACUGGUGGCGGCCACGUAAAGCGCACGCAACCGAUUAUUACGACGAGUACAAUCUAAACCCGGGUUUAGAGUGGGAGGACGAGUUCACAGUGCUUACAUUCGACGGCGACGUGGCGCGCCAAGGAGACGACGAGGAGGCCGCCUUCCACGGUAAACUGCCCCCGGGGAUACUGCCGCACGGCCUGCCCACCGUCAAGGAGGUCCAACCCGCAGUCACCGAUGCGCCCGUCGAGAAGAAAGACGAAGAGAAAGAGAAGAAAGCGGUGCGCGAGCUGAGCGCUGACGAGAAGCAGACGAUAAUGCUGUCGGCCGAGUUCCAGAGGUUCAUGAGUCGCGCCGGACGAGUCAUCGAACGCGCGCUCGCCGAGUCCGUCGACAUCUACACCGACUACACGGGCGGGGGCGACGGAGAGAACGCUCUUGACGACAAGUCAGCGGCCCGUCUUUCCCUGGUUCGUACCUUCGAGGAGGAACGCUGGUCGCGCGGACGGUGCGUGACCUGUCUGGACUGGUCCACGUUUCACCCUGAACUGGUGCUGGCCUCGUACUACAAUAGUGACGACGCACCGCACGACCCUGACGGAGUGUGCCUGGUCUGGAACACCAAGUUCAAAAAGACCACUCCCGAAGACAUAUUCCACUGUCAGUCGGCGGUUAUGAGCGCCACGUUUGCGAGGUUCCACCCUAAUUUGAUCCUCGGAGGCACGUAUUCGGGACAGAUCGUGCUGUGGGAUAAUCGCGUGCAAAAGCGAACCCCGGUGCAGCGCACGCCGCUGUCUUCGGUCGCGCACACUCACCCGGUGUACUGCCUGUCGGUGAUAGGAAGCCAGAACGCGCACAACCUGAUCUCGGUAUCGACGGACGGGCGCCUCUGUUCCUGGUCCCUGGACAUGCUGUCCCAGCCCCAGGAGACGCUGGAGCUGCAGCAUCGCCAGGCCAAGCCGGUCGCCGUCACCUGCAUGGACUGCCCCCAGACCAUGCUCAACAACUUCGUGCUCGGAUCCGAAGACGGAAACGUGUAUACGGGAUGCCUGUACGGGCAGCGCGCGGGCGUGACGGAGUGCGUGGAGGCGCACGCGGGCCCGCUGACGGGCGUGUCGUGCCACGCCGCCGCCGGGCCCGUGGACCUGGCGCACCUCUACCUCACCUGCUCCGUCGACUGGAGCGUCAAGCUCUGGUCGCUCAAGGAGAGCAAGCCGCUGUACUCGUUCGAGGACAACGGCGACUACCUGGUGGACGUGCGCUGGUCGCCCGCGCACCCCGCGCUCUUCGCCGCCGCCGACGCCGCCUCGCGCCUCGACCUCUGGAAUCUCAACCGCGACACAGAGGUGCCGAUAGCGAGCGUGCAGGCGGAAGGCGGGGCGGCCUUCAGCAGAGUGUCGUGGUCGCCAGCCGGCUCGCUCGUCACAGCCGGAGACGACAGGGGCAAGAUAUCCGUCUACGAACUUGCAGAGCAAGUUUGGUCACCCCGGCACGACGAAUGGAACAAGUUGGUCUACACGCUUCAAGAACUUCGGAACAACCAAGCUGACGAUGAUGCGGCACUCUCACCACCGCCGUCGUUGUCGUCAAUCGCUUCUAUCGCUUCAAACCCACUACGAUAAGCUAAACAACAAAAGAUUAUGAAGUGCAAAUAUUUAACUCAAAACUUGUCAAAUAACAUCUGGCAUAAUGUUUAAGUUCCCAAAUAAAAAUGAUUCCCUGGGAAAGAAUAUUUCAGUUGAAACCAUAGAUUAGUUGCACUUAAAUAAUAUAAUAACAAACUUUAAUAUUCAGUUCUUGGUGAUACAUAUUUAACUGUCAAAAUCGAUAAAUUGUUUUUUGUUAAUGAUAUAUUCAAUAAGACUAUUAUUAGAAUGUAAGUUAUAAUGCAGCUGUAUAUGAAAUGUGUAAAUGCAAUCACAAUGUCUGUAUCAACUCUGAAGUCGGAUUAAAGAAAUUAUUUUCGAUAAAUUCAAGACUUUUAGUGACUCAAUAGAUUUCAGUUUUAGAAUGUAAUGAAAUUAGUUGAGAUUUUUCUCAAUUUCAAUAAAUCACUGGUUGUAGGUGCCGCAUUUUGUUAGCACAGUGCGGGAAUUGCGAUAUGUUUUAAUACUACUUUUGUAACAAAUGUAACAGUAAAACUGGUAUUAACGCUAUGUUUCAUUUUUAUUUAUUUAUCAAUAACACACCUUUAUAAAUCAGUAUAAUUCUAGGUCCCGAAUAUUGUCUAGAAAUAUUAAUACGCACUACUGAACAUAACCUAUAAAAUUGUUGUAUAUUUUAAUUGAAUAGUUAUGUUUUAGGUAUUUAAGUUUUCAUUAUUUAAAUUAAUAAUUCCAUGUGAAGUAACGAUGCAGAUAUUUUAUUUAAGUUUUUGUCACUAAUUAAUAUUAAGGAAGGUAUAUAUAUCAUUAGUAUUAUUGUUAGUGUCGAAAAAUAGUACUUAUUGCUUUAAACAUUUAUUGGAUUUCAAUAAAUAUUUGCUUAAUA